CAUAUGCAUUCUCGGAUGACCUGCUUUAUCCAAUUCAAUGUCAGUGUGGAGCUGAAGACUCUAAUGGCAUUCAGUGGAAACACGGCAAAUGAACUAACUUAACGAUGAGCUGUUUAAUAUUGUUUCCGUAGUUGGUACGAUGUAUGAAUAAUUUAGCUAAGGGAGGGUAUAUAAAUGUACUACGGACAGCAUGUCAUUAACAUUUGAUUCUCUACAAAUGUGGUCGUAUACCUCGUUAACAUAUCAAAUCCUUCCUUGGUGGCCCAAGCAGUGAGUGCAAGUUUGAGCAAACGAAAAGCAGCAGUCACAACACGCCACUAAACUAUUGUGAAAGCAUUUCAGUAGGAACCCAUUUUACAGCGUCCAUGUUUCAACCGAUCAGCACAGCAAUGCAGGAAAAUACAAGGACUUCGUCUUAGCAACCGUCCGUACACGAAUUAUUAGAGCACGGUGGUCAAACUUGCUAAAAUCUGGAUGUAUCGUGAAACAAGCAGCCAGCAUACAAUCAAGGGAAGAAUCAACAAGCGUUGACAGUUCCUUCCUUUACUGCUAAAAAACGACUGUAUCGCGCCUGAGGGAUAAUAUCACAACAUGGCUUCUGCAAAUUCUGGAGGAGAUGAUCGCUUACACAACAACGAUUUAGCAAUAAAAGAACAAGCAACAGAUAGUGCAUCCACAUCAGAAUCAUCCGAGGAAGAACUUGAAAAGGAAAGCUGUUGCCAAGAGAAAGAACUAAUGCCUUUGUUUGAACAAGCAGCAAAUCAUCUGCCAAAUUUGUUGCAGGCAUCCAGUAAGGAACAGUUGCUGUAUCUAUAUGGAAGAUAUAAACAGGCCAAAGUUGGAAAAUGCAACACUUCUAAGCCAGGUUUCUUUGAUUUUGAAGGCAAGCAGAAGUGGGAGGCUUGGAAGGGACUGGGAGACAUGAACCCAAAACAAGCCAUGGAAGAAUAUAUCACUGCUGUCAAGAAGUUGGAUCCAUCCUGGAAUCCUGUGGUAUCUCAAACAAAAGGGAAAGAACAAAGAGUUGGUUUUGGUGGACCUGUAAUUAGCUCCUUGUAUCAAGAAGAAACAAUCAGGGAAGAAGACAAAAACAUAUUUGAUUACUGUAGAGAAAACAAUAUUGAUUUCAUUAGAAAUGCCAUCGUAUCCAAAGACGUGGAUGUUAAUCUGAAGGAUGAAGAGGGCAGAACACUGCUACACUGGGCGUGUGACAGAGGAUACAGAGAGCUGGCUUCUGUGCUGUUAGAACACAAUGCAGACAUCAACAGUCAGGACAACGAAGGACAAACAGCUCUACACUAUGCUUCAGCUUGUGAAUUUGCUGAUGUUGUGGAGCUUUUACUAGCAUUUGGAGCAGAUCCCACAAUCCAGGACCAAGACAACUGUCUUCCUGAAGAAGUUACAGAAUCAAAAGACAUCUCUUCUUUGCUACAUCAGUAUAUAUUAUCAAAGAGUUAAUCCAGUGACAAGAGGAUCAAGCAACACCAUAGACUGGUUGGGGUUAAUGUGAGUUUGCAGUAAUAGAAAGGGGUGAAAGUUGUAUGAUCUUGAAUACUGCAAUAAAUAAAUUCAAACCAUCA